CGAAAGCAAAUGCGCGCCACUGAUUCACAACAUUUUUAAUGAAGGGUAUACUGCCACGCAACGGCAAGACUAAAGCAGUUAUUAUGAUUGAUCAUCAACAGAGAGGGUUCAAAUAAAUCAACCUCAAGACCAAUUCGACGUACGCAUAACUGGCAAUGGCGUUGAGAGCUGCCACUUCCUGUAUCCGAAGGUCAUCUCUCCUUUCGGGUCCUCGCUCUCUCAAUCUCAGAUUUCGUCAGUCUCCUUCGCUGCCUCUCCAAAGUUUCACGCCCUAUACUCAUUACCGAUCUGGAUUCUCACACCCGAUUCGAGCAGUACAUGAAGCAACAUCGGAUCCUAUAACCCCUAAGAAGACUGAUGAGGAAUUGUCACCCCCAAAUUGGAAGAUUAAAAUGCUUUAUGAUGGAGACUGCCCACUUUGUAUGCGUGAGGUGAAUAUGUUGAGAGAGAGGAAUAAGGACUUUGGUAGCAUCAAGUUUGUUGAUAUAAGUUCAGAAGAAUACUCACCUGAGGAAAAUCAAGGCCUAGGCUACGAAACAGUUAUGGGAAGAAUACAUGCAAUCCUUUCUGAUGGAACUGUGGUCACUGAUGUUGAAGCAUUCAGGAGAUUAUAUGAACAAGUUGGUCUUGGGUGGGUUUAUGCCAUUACCAAAUAUGAACCUAAUGUUACUCCCAGAUUGCAAGACUCGCAGAUGUCAUAUAUAGCAUUUGGGCCAAAUAUCGCCUUCAAAUUACUGGACGGCCACCUCUAGAAGAGAUCUUGGAGGCACACAAGAACAAUAAGGGUGCAGUGUGUAGAGACAACAAAGCAUGUAAGAUGUGAAGCCCCAUUUGGUGAUUCAAAUUUGUAAAGUCAUAGCUGGUCUCUCUUUGCUUCGCCCCGGCACUUAAAUUUGGCGAUGUCUUUCCACACGUGAAGCAAGAACUUGAUCAGUGGAAGCUAGUAGAUCUUGUAAUAAGGAAAGUAAUUACACAACAUGGUUCUAUUAUUUGUAAUUUUGAAAGAAUCGAGCAUAAGAAAUUUUCUUAUGCAUUUGAUUUGCUUUCAUGAUUUAGGGUGCGUUUGGUACAAGGGUAAUGGGGUGUAAUAGUUACAAGGAUAAUUAAAUUUUAAGUUUACUUGUGUUUGUUA